UGCAACAUUGCCGGCGCUUUGUAAUUAGCACUAAAUCCGGGCACUGUGUUUUGAGACCUGACAAUCAGCAACUUGACCUCUGCCUUCACUUGUAACGAACCCAUCGCUCUUCUCCCAACAGCACCACAAGUCACCGCUUGUCGCAACCAUGGUUGAGCUCCGCAAGCGCAAGACACCCCCUCCAGCUCCGGCCCCAGCACCAAAGAAGGAGCGCAAGACAAAGGCGACCAAAGCGAACGGAAAGUCUGGGCCUGUCGCCGAACCUGCUGCGCCAGAGCCGACUGCUGCACCUGCACCUGCUCCUGAAGCUGCUCCUGAAGCUGCUCCUGAGCCAGAGACCAAAGCUGCUGCUGGUGUACCCAAACCCGGUGACAAAAUCGACCUCGAAGGGUUUGGCGGUGAAGUCGAGACAAACGACGGUCGCAAGGUUACGCUCAAGGCAUUGGUCGAGGAAAGCAAAGAAGGCGUUGUGCUCUUCACGUACCCCAAAGCAAGCACUCCUGGAUGCACAACACAAGUUUGCCUUUUCAGAGAUUCGUAUGAACCUCUGACAGCAGCUGGACUCAGCAUCUACGGGCUGAGCACGGAUUCGCCCAAGGCCAACACGACUUUCAAGGACAAGCAAAAGCUCCCAUACCCUUUGUUGUGCAACCCUUCGGCUUCGCUCAUUGGAGCCAUUGGACUGAAAAAGGCACCUAAGGGUACCACCCGUGGAGUUUUCGUUGUCAAGAAGAAUGGCGAGGUUCUGGCAGCUGAGCCUGGUGGCCCAGCUGCAACUCUCGACGUAGUCAAGGCCGUGGUUGAGAAGAUGGGAGGCUCCGGUGUCGGCGAGAAGGCUGAAGCCAGAGCCGCUCAAGCCGAGAAAGAGGAAAGCAAGGACGGUGAGGCAGCAAAGUUGUAAAUAAUGAUGAGAAACGACAGUAUGGUGUGCAUG